AUCGUUUAAAUAUGGCUGCCUUCAGAGGAUGUUAGUUUAUUGAGCAGCUGGGUUGCUCUGUAACAGUGGCGUUUUCGCUUCGCUAUACUAUAUAGAUGGCCGAUUAUAAAUAGGUUUUAUAUAAGCGGCGACCGUUGAUGACAGAUGUUUCAGAUUUAUGGCAGGUGACGUCAAAGGUCUGUCAGGCUGGAUAGCAUCGUCUUCAAGCUCAUGCAUAGCAGAUCGUGAUCUGGCUCAGUGGACUAACCAGCCCCGCUGCAGAGAGGGAGAGAGUCCUCAGUGCACAGCAUAUUUAUGAUUUGUAUUUUCAAAACGAUGUCUUUGUUCAAUAUUAUGUCUUCAUUGAUGGAGAUACUGAACAUUGAAGGAUAUUUCCGCUGAUGUGUCUUUAUAUACUCAGAGAACAUGAUUGGCUCACCAGAUGUGGUGGCUUUUACCAAAGAAGAUGACUUUGGGGAGUCGUUCUCGGAUCCAUUGUCACUUCCAGAGGAGUUUUCUGUGCCUUUGUUUACUCAUACUGCCAAUGCAAAUCCAUGGACGAAGACAUCCUAUGCGAAAUUCUCAAAAGAUUUCAUACUCAUCUCUGAAUUUUCAGAGCAGGUGGGUCCACAGCCUUUACUCACCAUUCCCAAUGACCCCAAAGUGUGUGGGACAUUUGACCUUAACUACUUCUCACUACGCAUUAUGUCUGUGGACUACCAGGCAUCUUUUGCCGGACAUCCUCCAGGCAGCAACUACCCAAAGCUAAAUUUUGUGGAGGACUCAAAAGUUGUCCUAGGUGAUUCCAAGGAAGGGGCUUUUGCCUAUGUCCAUCAUCUGACGCUGUAUGACUUGGAGGCUCGUGGCUUCGUACGGCCCUUUUGCAUGGCCUACAUUUCCGCAGACGAAAGGAAGAUCAUGCAGCAGUUCCAAGAGCUAUCAUCUGAGUUUUCCAAGGCUUCAGAAAUAGUCAAAUCAGGAAACAGGAAAGCUUUUGCAAAUGAAGUGGAAAAGAAACUGAAAGACUUGGAGUACACCAGAUCGGUGCUGCACAAAGAGGCAGAGCUGCAGAAAACCAACAAUGGCUGUUAUUCCACACAAGCUAUUGAGAAGGCGAAUGAAUUAGCAAAUAUGGAGAAGUCUAUCUAUGAACACAAAGAUCUACUGAGGCAAAUCACAUCUUAUCCUUCCAGGAAAAAGAGAGAUAUGGAUUUUGUAGAAUGCGAGACAGAAAAACAAGCUGACACAAGUGUAACAGAUGAUACUCUUAAUAGUAAUCAUUCUGAAGUUGCUGUGAAGACUGUAGAAUCUGAAAGCGAUGGCAGAAAGUCAUCUUACACGCCUCAGCUCAUCAAGGCCAAAUCUGCGAAGUGCUUUGAUAAACGCUUGAAAACAUUGGAAGAGCUCUGCGAUUCCAGCUUUUAUCACCAAACUCUAGACCAACUAAAUGUAAUCGAGAAGUCGUUCCGAGGGGAUCUGUGCUCUAUUUACACCAGCCAGAUCGACAGGGCUCUUCUGAGCAAACAGAGAGUUACUAGUUUUCUCUUUGAAGCUGAAUGUGACUGGGAGGACGAAGGAACCUCAAAAAAAUUAAAUUUCACUUCCAACAUCCCAACAGUCCCCAUUCUGCACUUAUCUGGUGAGCCGCUGAGUCUAGAAUCCUACACCACCUGCAUAGAUGUAGAUCACAUUAAGCCAGGUGUGGAGUCUAUGGAAGGGCCUCCUGAAUCCAGUACGUCUGACAUCACACAGGAAACCUCUGAAGCCGCCGACACUGAGACCAAAGGGAGUUUCAGCAGUGACAAGAGCAUUGAGGCUCUUGGAGGUGUUAGUCCUUCCAGUCUACAGACAAAUUACUUUGAUGGCCUUGAAAGAAAUUGCAAAGUAUCCAUUGCAUCCUCAUUUGAAAAUGCGUCCCAUUCGGUUGCUGUCCCGCGUAGGUCAUCCGACGGGAAUCUAGUCCCGAUGGAUGCUUCCUGCUGUAUUGGACAGGAGGACCAUUUUGUUUUGGAGGAACCUUUACCUGAGCUCGCUCAGGAGUGUUGUGGCGACACUGUGGUGAACCAAGAACCCCUGUCUCUUUUUCAGGGAGAUACUGCCUUACAGCUGAACUACAUUCUGGAGGAGUCAGCCCUCGCAGAGAGCCCCAACGCGGGACUGACUUUUUCCGAACUAAACACUUGCGUUCUGUCAGAGGAUGUGGCAAAAAUUUAUAUCGAAGAUGCGUCUGAUAGUACGAGCUACAUGAGCGCCUCCACCAGUUCUGAUCGAGCAGUGUCUCCAUUCACUUACGGCAGUGCGUUGACACUAAAGCAGAAGAAGAAAGCUGGUCACAGCGCGCUUCGAUUCAUCAGACAAUAUCCAUUUGCUCAGCAAGCCAUUUUCUGCCUUCUGAGUGGCCGAACGCUUGUUAUUUUGGGGGUGGAUGAGGGCAUGGUGAGGAAGCUGGUCAAUGCUUUGUUUGUUUUCGUGCCCAAUCUCGGCAAGUACGGUGAAACCGUCCAACCGUGGCUUUCGACGCCAUUUCAGCUUACCGACUUGCAGAGAUGGAAACUUAUUGGAUUGCAAAGAGCUGCCUCCCCAGCUGGAUCCAGCAUCCUCCACUCUUUGAAUCGAUACAGCCGUUACAUAAGCAUUUUGGAUUGUGACAACAAGACCCUCCGGUGUCCACCAUACAGAGGAACACUAAUUAGCCAUUUGGCGGACCACAGGACUCAGAUCAAGCGUGGCAGCACCUACUUCCUCCAUGUUCAGGGUAUGUUGACUCAGCUUACAGCCAAGGCCUUCCUUUACACAUUCUGCCAUCACAUUCAUCUUCCCAUGGACAUCAACGACCAGGGCUCGGUAAAGUCACGCAGGACUAAUUUCUUGUUGCAGCUCGGCUACACCGUUGAGGAGAGUAAAAUCAUACAGUACCUGAGUGAGCUCAUCAAGCAACAUUAUGUUCAGGGGUCCUCGAAGUGGGUCAAGCAGUCUUUUUGUUUUAAUUACACCACCAGCUAUUUGUACAAAAUCUGAAUGCGUCUAUAAUCUGUUCACCAUUAAACCCGGAUAAGAUCAGGAGACCAAAUGUAUUUGAAUGUAAUCACUUUUUGUGUCUGUGUGAAUUUUCUUGUGGCAUUCCAGGAAGCAGUCCAGUGUUACAGAAUGUGGUCUAUUUGUUUAGUGUAAAGUUUGCAUUUUUAAAUCUAUUGCCAAACCGUUUUCCCUAAAAUUGAGAAAUUAGGUUCCUCAUGUGGUCUGAAGACCUUUACAGAAGCUUUGUAAUAAAAUCAAGAUUCAGCAAGAUUUCAACGUCGUCCAAGCAAAAGUAGACAUGUUUUGAAAGAGGCCGAAUGAUACAGCUGUGUAGUUACAGGCUUGUUUUCAUUAAGGAACAACAGCAGGAGAGUCUCUAAUCACAAUUUAAUCAAUCUGGUCCUGGUAGCCUGUUUAAUCAUUAAUGCUAUUUGCCUUCAUACGUAAUGAGACUGUUGCAAGCAUGAACAUCGCAAGCAUAAUUUUAAUGGAACUAACCUAAGUGGCAUUGGAAGAGAUUUUUACAAUACUUGUUCUUUGUAUGCUGCAGCUGUUUAUCAUUGACCAACAGCCUCUAUAAAAUGCACUAGAAUUGCAUUAUAUGCAUUUAAAUGAGAAAAAUUUGAUGCCAAUUCAUGGAUUGGUCUUUUAUUAGCUUUUUGAUUCUUGCAUUCUGAGUGUGAGACAUUUAAUGUGCUAAUUAAUAAUAAAAGAUGUGCAAAUUUGCUCUGUUUUGAUCUAGUGGAUAUAAAAUCUAAGGCGAGUUUUUUUUUUUUUUAAUACAAAGAAGAUCAAAGGUUACAGACAUUGUUAAACAAACAAAAAUUGAGCCAACUGCCCUUUGCGUUUUAACAUAAUUGAUUGAUAAGGUGAAUGAAUGUACUGCAUGUCACUUGUGGAGAACUGUUACACAAUCUUUUGCAUGUUUAAAGAACACAAAAAUGUAACAACGGCAAAAUUUGGGGGUAUUUAUGAACAUUUCCAUUGUAUCUCACGUGUUACUCUUAUAAAUAUAAAUAUAAAUUGUUGUCUAAGGUGUGUGCAAGCAACGUCAGCAUGAGUAACUGUGAGGAUGAAGUGACUCUUCAUUCUAAUGUCUGUUGUAGUGUUGUGAAAUGAACGAUAAUGGUGGUUGUUGCCAAUACGUUGUCUGUAACUGUUAUUCCCACUACUGCAUGAAUGCAGUUGUAGUCCAGAAAUACAGACCUUAACUGCCACCGCUGUUUCAUCACAAGUGUGUCUUAACAUUAAGUUCUUUUGGCUACCCAGUAAUUAUUGGCCUUUGUAACGAUUUUCAGCAUUUAAUUGCAGUCUGUUGAAUGUAAAUUGAGAACAAGCCAUACCAUUAUACGCACAUUAUCUUCUAAGAAGGUUAUUUCUUUUUGCUGAUUUUGAACACAUCUUGUUCGUUGUGACAGUCUGAAUCAUGCCGUUUUGUUGCUACUUUUUACAAAUCUGUUUUAAGACUGUAAGACAGUAUUGUGAGCUUGUCUGGGGUAAGGUGUAAUCUUCAUGCUAAAAUAUUUAUGGACGUUAAAGUCAAGUAAAUUGAGGGUCCUCUGUGUGCUUUAAGUUGCUGCCCACUGUGAAAUUAAUUACUCUGCCUUCAAUCUCAUUAAAUUAUUUCUGAUUUAGCCAUGUGCAUCACAUCUUUAUCAAAUGGUGUUAUACCUAUCUUGUAACGGUUUGUGUAUUCAGCAAAACUAUUCUUUUGUUUAUUAUGUAAUUAAAGGCACAUGAUUUGUCUCA